CACAAACUUCUCAGUAAAGAGUUCAUCAACCGAUUUUGGCCAUCCAGCAAGAAGAAACCACGAACGAAGCAAAACGAAAUUAUUAAUCGGAACCACCUAGGCCAUUCUCCUUCUAAUGGUACAAAAACCGACGUUUGAUCCAGAUCAUCGGCUGAAGCUUUCGUUCAUCGGUGGUUCGUUAUUAACCGGCCUCUCGAUCUGGUGCAUCAAAUCCAGCUACAAGAAGUACUUUCAUCGGAUCCGGAACGCUGAUUAUGUUACGCCUGACAUGCUCAAGUCUUCGUCUCGUUCUAUGACGCGUCCAGGCUUACGGAUUAAGGGAUUUGUGACCAGCGUAGGAGAUGCAGAUAAUUUCAGAAUAUAUCACACACCUGGUUUUGGAUGGAAUUGGUUAAGAAAUGUCCCCAAAAAGAAAACAGAUCUGAAGGACAUGACCAUUCAUAUUCGAUUAGCGGGGGUUGACGCGCCAGAACUUGCUCAUUUUGGCAAUCCGGCACAACCCUUUUCGAGAGAAGCUUUGGAUUUUCUGACGGGUCUGGUCAACCAAAGGAAAGUCGCAGUCGAUCUACUCAGCAAAGAUCGCUAUAAUCGGAUUGUAGGCAUGGCUUUCGUACGUCGAUGGAAGUAUCUCCCUUUCACUCAAAACGUCAGUCUGGCGAUGGUCCAGAAAGGUUCCACAGUCUAUAGAUCGGCGGGUGCUGAGUAUGGGCGUUAUGCCUCUCAACUAGAAAGAGCAGAAGUAGUAGCCAAGUUGAGUGUUGCAAUAUUUUAUCCUUUUAGCAUCACUCAUUAA